UAACCUUGCUCCCUGCGUCCAAUGGGCCGGUAGUGGGCGGUGACUCGCUCGCACACCUCCCUGGCACAGUUUAUUAAUUUGUAACGAAUGAGCAGGAGGCAGGGCCCAUGAUGAAUGGACUCGCAAGCCAGCCGACGCAGACCUGGCGGUUGUGCUGACGCGGCGGGAGGUAAUUGCGGGCGCUAUUCAGAGGCCACUUUGAUUUGCCUUCUGAUGCCUGGUAGAGAGAAACUGUUUACAGAAUACUGCUUGGUUAAAGGAUGACGACAUCAUUUGUACCUGUACCCUUACCUCUGGGGAAUCCCUCUGCUGGAACACCUGCAAAUAGAAGUCGGAGGAGUUCUUCACUUCAGUCUUUGGACAGUGCAUCCACCAGUUCCAACUCAUCAAAAGGUCAAGCGGACAGUUUACAUUCUGGUGGAUUUAGAAAAGCUGUCACUUCUGAGCACUUGGCUUCUACAAACUUGAUAAAUAACAGUCCUUCAUUAAGAACUAGAUUCAAUGGAUCAAACCCAGCAGUUGAAUAUUUGUCCAGACCUGUGGAAUCUGACAGAACAACUGAUUCAGCAAAUUGGGAAGACAGACCUCCCACACCUACUAUGUUAGGAUAUGAAGUUAUGGAAGAAAGAGCAAAAUUCACGGUUUAUAAAAUACUUGUGAAAAAUCAUCCGGAAGAAAGCUGGGUGGUUUUCAGGAGAUACACAGACUUUUCACGGCUAAAUGAUAAGUUGAAGGAGAUGUUUCCUGGUUUUCGUCUUGCACUUCCUCCCAAACGUUGGUUCAAGGAUAAUUAUGACCCUAAUUUUCUUGAAGAACGUCAACUUGGCCUUCAAGCGUUUCUGCAAAAUCUAGUAGCACACAAAGAUAUUGCUAACAGCACUUCAGUGAGGGAGUUUUUGUGUCUAGAUGAUCCACCAGGUCCCUUUGACAGUUUAGAAGAGAGUAGGGCAUUUUGUGAAACCUUGGAAGAAACUAACUACAGACUACAAAAGGAACUUGCUGACAAACAGAAAGAAGUUGAAUCUUUGAAGACAUUAUUGGAAGAAAAGCAUCUUCAUAUAGAAUUUUUAGAAAAUAGAGUAAGGGAAUUAAGCUUGGAACAAGAAAACACCCGUAGGCCCUCUGGACAGGACAGUGAAUGUAGCGGGGAAGUUGAAUCCUCGGCUAUAGAAGCUGACCAAGCUGUAACAGAGGAUAACAGUUUAGGGAUGGAGUCUGAUAAAGAACAAUCCAUAUCCUGCCAGAAUAGUCCUGUAACUGAAACUUCAUCAGUAGAAGAAGCCCAAGCUGCUGAAGAAGACAAAUAGAACACCAAGCAUUAGUAUUUGUUGAUGCUGAUGUUUAACCUUGCUGAUAAUAUAUUUUAACAAUAGCUGUAGCUGGAAUACAGCAAAAGGCUUUGUCUCUUAUUUGUUAUCUGUAUACGUUUUUAGGAUUUGCUGUUCUACAAUUAAAUAUUGAAAUAUUUUUGCUUGAUGCAACAGAUUUAUUAAUCUGCCCUGCUUGGCUACCUUGUGCAAUUAAGAGCUCAAUAAUUUAAUUACAAAUUGGGCUAUUGGUUCUAUUGUGGAUGCAUUCUGUCUUGUAGCAUUUGAGUUUUCUGUAAGUUGCAUUCAGUUUGCAUCUGGAAAAAUGCAGGAAUAAGUUUUGAUAACUUGCAUUACACAGUGAUGCAAAGUAAUCCAAGCCAUAGUUGCCCUGCAACAUGCAGGCAAAGUAACUUUCCAAAACUAAAUAAAUAGACAAGUCUGAAUGUUCUACAUACAAUGAUAUUGGGUUUCUUUAAAGCUAAAGUGCUGAAUUUUAAUGGAUCUCUAUAGAGUAGACUAAUUUAAGCUGAAUGCUUAAAUGUUCUCAAGCAAUGCAGUUUGUUUAAGCGAAUGGACACAAGCACAGCAUGUAAUUUUUUUUUUAGUUAUCUCAGUUAAACAUUUUACAUUUUUAUUGUAAGCAAACAUUCAAAUUUGUCACUUUUCCAAAGUAGCUAGAAUUAAUCUAAAGAUUUGAUUUGACAAUCCCAAAAUGUAUGGCUGUGUUUGCAAAGUUUUGACAAGGAAACAACAUUCACAGGUCACAUGGUGCAUGUUGUCUUUGAGUGUCCAAGUAUCAUUGGUAGAAGAUGCUUUCAAUAUAUGGUGCCUUUUAACUAUUGUUGAAAUCAAAGCAACGAGUUUUGCUUCACUAAUGUUGGUUCAUUAAGCUGCAUGUCUUGGUUCUGCAAAGUGCCUUGUUUUACAGGAUUUGCAGGAGUGGUGACCACAUUUGUCAAUUGAUUUUAUUUCAGAAUUCAAUGUAGUAUGUCAGAACUGCCUUUUUUUAAUAGAAUGUGUUUUUAAUUUAUGCUAGUAAUUUGGAUUAAGUUACAAAACCAUUAAAGAUGGAUAUUUAACUGGACUGUGGGUAUAAUCUUCCACUGAAAAUCUUGGUAAUGUUUUUGUUAUACAUUGUGUGCCAAAUUUGUGAAGAUUUUACUGCAUGACUUAAAGUACAGGCAAUCAUGUGGCUACCCACCAUGUUAAGAACAUUUUGUGUAGAAACAAAGCUUUCUGAAAUUUGCAUGUUUGAAUUAAAGAAAAUGCUGUUUUAUUUCAAAAAUAAAGAUUCUUUUGCCACUUGA